AUGCUACGCCCCAAAUUCUGGCCAAGGGCCCUCCAAGCCCUCUUCAAACCGCCCCGACUCUCCACCCCACAACACCCCUUCAGUACAACAUCCAUAUCCCCCGAAAAGGCCCUCCCACCCCGCCUCAAGCUCAACGAUGCCGACCUAACAAUCUCCUACCUCAAAGGCACCGGGCCCGGCGGACAAAAGAUUAACAAAACCAAUUCCGCCGUCCAGAUCAUCCACCACCCAUCCGGUAUUGUCGUCAAGUGCCAGGCCACGCGAUCUCGGUCCCAGAACGCGAAGACGGCGCGCUUGCUACUUGCUGAUAAGAUUGAGCAGCGCGAGAAGGGAGAUGAAAGUCGGAGUGCGUUGAAGGUGCAGGCGGCGAGGAAGAAGAAGGCUAGUAAGAUGAAGAAGACGAGGAGGAAAUAUCGGGAUCUGGAGGACAAGGAGGGGGAGGAGCUGGAGCUGGGAGAGGAUGGUGCGGAUGCUGAUGCUCAUGUCGAUGCUGAUGCCAGGUCAGAAGGGGCUGCUGGGAGCCAUGGGCAGUCGGAGGUGUCGAUCCAGGACAAGGGUUCGACUUCGCAGAGGACACCCUGA